AUGCUGUCAUUAGGCUUGACACUUUUGUUCUCAGGGACGGCAACACUUGCCUCCCGUGACACCUUCUAUCCGCCUCUGAACCACACCACAUUCAUCUCCAACACCUCCUACGGCACCUAUGGCGGCAUCUACACUGCUCCUGCUGACAGUGCUAGCUCGCCAUCCACCAAUGAUGCCUACAAUUACUGCUCCAUGCCUCAUCCUCGCGGAGAGACCUACUCCCCGCCGCCCCCUGUUGCAAAUCAUACCAUCAAGGCUCAGCUGGAUCAAGAAUACAACUGCGACAACAUCAAUCCGCACGUUUACGCCGCACCAGCUUCGCAGCACCCGUCACCAGUUGCUGUUUAUGGUCAAGCCUACUCAGACCCGACCAACCCAUUUCUUACCACCUACGUGAAUGGGUCCUGCCAAUACCCCCAACUCACCCUGGGCGGCUUCCUCGACGGCUACCAGCACGGCCGUGAUCUCCGAGCCGUCUACGGCGACCAGCUACGCCUGAUCCCCUCCACCCCAGACCAGAAGAAGGUCUGGUUCCGCUCAAGCUCCUCAGCCCUGACGCAGGGCUCCGCCGGCGCCGUCCUACGCGGCAUCUGGCCAGACUACCACGAGCCCAUCCCCCUGCACCAGCAAGCCUCCGCCAUCGACACAGUCGACCGGGGCUUCCCCUGCUCCGCGCGCGACACCCUACUAUCCACGAUCCAAUCCACCGCAGAAUGGACCGAGCACCUCACAGUCACGCAGUCCCUCCGUGACAGUCUCGCAACCAUGUUCGGCGCGCAGGACGAGUCCGCCUGGACCUCGACCUUCGACCACUUCGCCGACAAUUUCCAGGCCCGCCUGUGUAACGGUUACGAGCUGCCGUGCCGCGUGCAGGACCGGACGCAGUGCGUGACCGCGGCCCAGGCGGACGAGGUCUUCCGCGCCGGUGACUGGGAGUAUAACUACUGGUGGCGGCGAAACGCGAACGCGACGCGGUACAUCCAGCUCGUUGAAGGCUUGUUUAUCGGGGAGAUAGUGCGGAAGCUUGAGGCAGUCGCGGAGGGCACCUCGGGGCUGUCGUAUAGCCAUAACUUUGUGCAUGAUGGGGAUAUCGCCCCUAUUCUGGGGGCGUUGGGAAUCAAAGCGCUGCGGUGGCCGGGGAUGGGCUCGAAUAUCGCUUUUGAGGUCUGGAAAACCUCGAGUUCGGAAUACUUCGCCCGUGUCCUGUACAGCGGCCACACCAUUGAAACGAUUCACGGCCGGCUGGACUGGAUCCCGCUGUCGACAUUGCUGGAUAUCCUACGCCCUUUUAUCCCGGAAGAUAUCAUAUCAAUGUGUAAUUAG